UACGUACUAUAAACGUAUGUAGUUAUACUUACUUAUUUACUCAUCCUUUGCGAAUGUGAGAUUCGGAAACGUCAUCUGUCAAUAUAUCAAUGUAUAAAUAUCAUCUAUAGUUUGUUAGCGCGGUAACGCCUCUUCACCGGUAAUGUUCCGAUCAUCGACCAUUCGCUGAUGAUUCGACUACACAUCGAGAUUUCAAAUGUUGUUCCCUACAACAUUGGCGGCAUGUCGCGUUUAACGUGUUUGUGUAUUAAAAGUGGCAUACAGUAUGUAUAAUAUAUUUCAAUUCUCAAAUAAUAUAACAUUACAAUUUGAGGGCUCUACGAAAAAUGGCUGAUCGCUGAAUUUGUUGAAUGUAUGUGUAUUAAUAUAAGGGGGAAAUUGUGUAAAAGAUAUAAAUAACCUAACAUAAUAUCGAUUUGUGUAAAACGCGCGUAAAUAUGCCGCGUACUAAAUCAUUGCCGAAAAAAUGUAUCAAAACAACAAAUUCACAUCCAGGCACAAAUACAUGGGUUUUUCUAAUGAAAGGUGAUAAUUUAAAUAAUACAGAUGAUGACGUACCUGAUGUUAUUAAAUUAAGACAUCCAGCUACAAAUCAACCUGCAAUGUUCGUAUUUAGUCCAGGCAAUGUAACAGUACAAGAAGUUUUGACAUUCGAUGAAAAUAAAAGAUCAUGGUUCAUAGAUGAUAAUGUAAAAUCCGACGGGAAGCUACAUUUAUCUACUCCUAUUGAUCCAAUAUUUUUAAUAUUACCUUAUUUAAGAAAGUCACAACAAGCACAACCAUUAGAACAAUGCCUUUGGGAUGAAGAUUUUCCAGAGAUGACCCGUCUUACUCAGUGUCAAAAUUUAAAACUAACUCUAGUUGCUGAACGUAAAGGAGACGAAUCAUUACAAGCUUAUAAAUUUAACGAAGAAAAGGCAUUGAUCUGGUUGCAUAAGAAAGUAGAAAGAGUAGUUGAAGUACUAAAACAAAAGGGUAUUCAUGUAUCACAAGGUGCUAUCAGUGCUACUUAUGUUAAAAGUACUAUGCUUGAAACUGUCUCAGAAAUAGAAUAUUUAAAAUAUGCACAUGGCAUUGUAUCAGAAUAUCUUCAAGAGGAUAUAUCAAAAAAAUUAGCACAACAUUUAAACCUACCAGAUGAAACAGAAAAUAAAAAACGAAAAUUAAGUAAUAAUCCAGAGGAUACUGUUGUAGAAAAGAAAUCUAAGAAAGAGACACCAGAAAAAGAAUCAGUAUUAAAACCAAAAACACCUGAGUCAAUUAAAGAAAAGAAAGCUACAGUUAGUAAAAAGGAAUUAGCCAGACAAAAAGCAGCAACUGGAUCUAAGAACAUUACUAGCUUCUUUAAGAAAAAAUAAGUUUUAGAUAAUUUAAAAAAAGUCUAAGUAUAUAAAAACUUUUGAAAUCUUAAAUAUUGCAAUACGUAACAUUCAAGUUUUAGCACUGUUAUUCAAAAUUAGGUUUGACAAAACAUAUUUUAAACAGUUGUAAUUUCUCUACACUUAAGAAUAUUGAAGUACUUAUAAUUUUAGAUGUAUGUAAAAUAGAUUGCAAAACAAUUAAAAUUUUGAAAAAAUAGGUUUCAACAAAAGAAAAAGUAUCGACUUUGUUCAUAGUACAUUAAUUUUAUAACUUAUAAAGUAUUAGAUAAUAUUCAUGACUCAUGGUUUUAAGAUUUUUAUUUGAGUUUUUAAAUCAGUAUUUAAUAUUGUAUAACUAAAAAAUCCAAUUAUAUAAUGUUAUUCAAUGUUCAUCAAUUUGUAUUAUUAAAUGUUUCUACAUGUAAUUCUGAAAACUAAUCUAAUAGUACAACCACAUAAAUAAUAUCUGAUUUUAACAUCUGAAAGUUCAAUAUUUUUGUAUAUAUUUUGUAUAUUCAUAUACAGUUAAAUAUGUCAAUAUUUGAAAGUGUUUGUAUUUAUUUGGUAUAUUUUUACUGCUCAAAAUAAUUGUAAUCAAUCAGUAAUUUUUAAUAAAAAGGCAAAAUAUUAAAAAAUUAAAUACAUUGUAUAUAUAUUUAAAACAUUAUUAGUAAGAAACAAUUAUUAAUUUUUAUUUUCAUUCAGAGCCCAAUACUAAUACGGCUUAAAAUUGAACCAUAAAAACACAAAAAUUUUUAAUGCAUGUAUUUCGUCGUUACUAAGAAAGUACAUAGAAUUUUAAGAAAAGAAACAUUUCAAUAAAUUCAAACCAUAAAUAUUAUCUUAUAA